AUGGCCACGUUAGGGUCGCCGUCCCCCCCGUCCUCGCCCUCGCGAACGAUGCGCCGCCGCCGCAGCUGGGCCCGCAAGGUCGAACGAUACUGCUGCAACAUGAUCACAUACUUCCCACUGCUGUUCGUGUACGGCUUGACAUCAUGGUCCGUUUGGGUGGAAGCGGGCAUUGGCUUCAUGCCCGCCAAAAAUGCUUGGACAGGGAAAUUCUCGUCCGCGCUCGGCAUCUUCUUCUAUCUCAUGCUCAACUGGAGCUAUACGACCGCCGUCUUCACUGACCCCGGCUCGCCGCUGAACCUCAACAAUGGCUACAGUCAUCUGCCGACGCAGGAAGGAGGGGAAAUGCACUACACGUCGUUCACGGUAAAGGCCUCGACGGGCGACAUCAGAUUCUGCAAGAAGUGCCAGACGAAGAAGCCCGAUCGCGCGCACCAUUGCUCGACCUGCAAACGCUGCGUCCUGAAGAUGGACCACCACUGCCCGUGGCUGGCGACCUGCGUUGGCCUCCGGAACUACAAAGCCUUCGUCCUGUUCCUCGUCUACCUGGUGCUCUUCUGCUGGGUUUGCUUUGCGACAUCUGCGAGCUGGGUGUGGAGCGAAAUACUUAGCGAUGGGCAGUUCUCCGAGUCGUUCAUGCCGGUAAACUUUGUCUUACUUGCCGUGCUCUCUGGCAUCAUUGGGCUUGUCAUGACCGGAUUUACCGGAUGGCACCUGUGGCUGACCAUACGAGGCCAAACGACUAUUGAAAGUCUAGAAAAGACGCGGUACCUGUCGCCGCUAAGGAACUCGAUGAAGGCCCACCUUAAUGACCGUAAUUACCUUGAGGCUCAAGCAAAUGGCCGGUUAAGCAUCGGCGACCAGCUGCGCGAGAUCCACGCCAAUGCUCUUCCCAGUAUUACCAGACCAGAGGAAGGGGAGUCCACACCCUCGCGUUCGGUGUCCCGCUCCCCGGCAGCUAAUGGUGCGCCCAUGAGCAAUGGUUUUUCCCAUCCCGCCUAUGGUUCGUACGAGCAACGUGAGCGCCAGCAAAAUUACGACCGCUACGAAUCAUAUCUUGAGGAGAGAGAUAAUGAGCAGCUACCGAACGCGUUCGAUCUGGGCUGGAAGCGUAAUCUUGGCCAUGUAUUCGGACCAUCCCCCCUGCUGUGGUUUGUUCCGAUAUGCAAUACAACCGGCGAUGGGUGGUCCUGGGAAGCAAGUCCGAAAUGGGUUGCAGCACACGAGCGGAUCCGACAGGACAGGGAGGCGGAGGAUCAACUGCAAAAGCAGCGUGAGCGCGCCGCUGGUUGGGGCGUUGAUUCACCUACUGAAGCAGAGUUUAGGCGCACCGGCCGAGUCCCAGAGGGCUGGCAGAUGAACCAGCACUCUCCCCCAACACCUCGCUUACCACGAAGACCCGAAUGGCAGUCGCCACGUCGUCACGGCGAAGAAGCGCGUUACCUAACCACAACCAACGGUAUACUAUCAACGCCACUGGAAGGCCGUCGCAGUCCCAGCAAAGCCGACCAAAUUCUUGGAAGGGAAAUUGGCAUGUAUGCAGACGGCGAUAUGCAAAUGCAGCCGAUUGACCGCCGGAAAUUUGACCAGUAUAAUUACAUCUCGGACGAUGAUGAGGCGGAUGAGUACGAAGUCUCCAGCGAUGAAGCAGCAGCCGAGCAGAGGAGGACUCAACGAAAGAAAAAUACCCCACCCCCGCUAAAAAUGACGAAGAAUUGGAAUGAUGUGCCUGAUGACUUCUUGAACGCGGCGCCGAGGGGAAAGCCGAGAAGAAGCCCCGAGACCAGCAGAGAGAGGAAACAACAGAAGGCGCAGGAGUGGGAUGAUUGGGGGCAGGAUAGCUAG